GCAAAGCGCAAUUCGAAAAAAAAUUCCAAACUCAACGAAGCAACUUUACGGUAACGCGGAAAAAUCAAGUUGAUUCGUUUUCCCGAUUGUUGUUAUUAUUUGCGCGCGCGCAACCGCCUAUAAACAGCAGAAAAAACGAACAUUAUAACUGCAACGGACGUGAAUGUGUCUUUUUUUUCUGUUCCGCAAAAAUUGUUGUUUUGUGUUGAAAGGAUUUAGCAUUUUGCAGUCGCCACAGAUAAAAAGGAUUCACGGAAAAUGCAGCAGAAAGUAGAAGAGAAAAUCGAUCCCCUGACACGCAUCCAGGAGGAGAUCAAGGAAGUGGUACGGCGUGAGGAGGAGUACCGUCAGCUGGCCACACUCUCCUCAACGACCAUCACUUCUUCCUCCACCGCCACCGAAGGGGUGGUGGAGUUUGAGGCCUACACGAUCAAUGGCAAUGGCAAGGACUUUAAUCAGGAACAGCAGCAGCAGCAGGCACAUGACCAGGAUGAGCUGGAUCACGAUCAGGGCGUGCUGGUCACAGCCCAGCCGGCGACCACUUCGCUCCUGCUGCCCAUUGACGAGCUGUCCAACACACCCUCGCUGGCCUCCAGCGUGAACAGCGCCAAGGAGGAGAGCCUCGAUGGUCAGCACUCGGACGACUCUGGCAUAUCGGCCUCCUCGCAGAGCAACAACAUCAACAACAACCUCCAGGCCAAGCAGCAGCAGCAGCCGCUCAAGCUGACAGUGGUUACCCGCCAGGAGCAGCGCUACAUUGGACCCAACUGCUACAACAUGACACCGGAACCGCCGCAGCAGAAGCUCAUCACAAGGACCAUUUCCACGCCGCAGCUGAGCGGCCUGCCCCAGAAGCGUCAGUUUGCCUUCGGCGGUGCCGCUACCAAGGGCGUGAUGCAGCGUUUCAUAGCCUCGCAUGGCAAGCUGGUGACACCCAGCAGUCCCCUGCCGCCAGCCUCGCCAUUGGGCGUCAGCAAUGGCAACAGUUCCGGGGUCAUCCAGAAUGGAAGCCAAAACAGCAGCAGCGGCGGCGGCGCCGCUGGCAACAAUAACAACAACACCCUCAAGCUGAACACACGCACGGCGCUGGCCUUCCUGGAGAAUGGCAACUCGACCACGGUCACCCUGUCGCCGGCGGCCAUCGAGCGGGACUCGGAGGGCAGGCCGCUGCGUCGAGGCUAUGUGCCAGUCGAGCAGAAAAUCCAGCGGGAGCUGCAGGACCUCAAGUCGCGCGAAACGGAGCUGAAGCGCCUGCGCAAGAUCAACAGGCAGAACACACUGAAGGCGUCGCUGGACAAGCUUAACCUCAGCACAGACGACGAGGCCGAUGCGGACGACGAUGACGAUGAGGACUCCGAGGUGGAGCACUGCUAUGGACCCGGAAAACUGCGCAAUGCCCAGUCUACCCAGGAGCUAGAUAGAAAUGGCAACGAACCGGAGAUUGUGCACAAGCCUGCUGCCAAUCGCAGCCUGAAUGCGGCCGCCUACAUAGCCAAUGGAGCCAGCAAUGGCAGCAUCAACGGAAUGCGUCCGGCCAUGUCGCUGGCCCAACUCUGUGAUCUGACGCCCGAGGAGGCGCCCUCGUCGCGUGGCCUCAUUGCCCAGUGGGAGAGCCUGAUCAAAAAGAAUGCCGAGAAUGGGACGGUGAUUGAGGCGGUCAUCUAAGAGGACGAUCGAUGAAGGGUAGCAGAGAGUCCCCUUUUUCCGAAAAAUAUAAACAAAAACACACCAAUACACCAACGAUUCUGGUGCAGAGCAGACCAAAUUAUUAUUGUAGUGUCCAAACUUGAUACCAAUCCUAAGCCCGAUCCCCGUUUCCCUGUUCCCGAUCCCCUCCUCUACACAAAGCGAAAGCUGCUUAUCAACGAAUUAAUCUUAACGCCUGAAAAACUUGAAAUUAAAACACGAAACUGAAAGGGAAUUGCAGCCUGUUGCUGUACUUAAUGCGAUUUAUGUGUAAUUUAUAAAGUGUAGUACGUUCGAGAACUCUGUUGUAUAUAUAUGUGACUCUUCUUCGUGUUUCCAGUGCGAGUGCAGUCCUGACUUGCUUAUAAUUUAUUACAAAUCAACUUUAUACCUUAUAUAUAUAUAUAUCUUACAUAAAUAUACGAGCCCGAUAUGCGAAACAUGAUUUAAUUAAAUAAAAAAAAAACCCAAAACGAAA